AUGUCGGCGAAGACCAACCGAGAUAUCGAGGCCUUCAUUAACAAACUGAGGGACAAUAUGCUUUGGAAUUCUGUUUUGUACAAAAAUAACACAGCUUCAUCAAAAGAAAGACUGUACAAAGCACUCGAGGCCUACGAGGGUUUCCUGCCGGCGGAGGAAAAAGGACACAAGAACUUGGUGAACUCGAUGAACUACUAG